AGGUGACCAUGAUGAGUUCCGCAGAUUCAUCUCAUCCGUUCAUCAAGUUACUCGGUUCGUCGCCGACCUCCCCAACAUACAUCAACCAUAUCGCCACUUACCAUCCGAAAACACUUGACAAACCCGAAUCUUUCAAGUCAUUCUGUGAGGUCGUGUUCUACAACUACCCGUCCCUAGGCAUCAGCUACAGCUUUGACAUCACUCCCACCAUACAACGUCUCGCGGCGAUUCACAUCUACAAUGCCAAAAUAUCGGGAUACGAAAAGUACAACUUGGACCUUAGCCUUCCAUUUGGACUUGAUAUCAAUAUGACGGGGAAGGAGGUCGUCGAAACGCUUGGCGAGCCAAGCGUCAAGUCAAAGUACCCAAAGUGCUGCAUUGUUUACCCUGAUAAAGGAGUGCAAGUAGAUCUGGCAGCGAAGGACUGGGAGGAACCGAAUUGCAGCAUAGAGUGCUUAACGUUCUAUCAAGAGUUUGCCUGAAUUUGCUCACAGAGUAAGGUGCCCUGCAAAGACAACUGUGAAGCGAGAUUUGGCCGAGCUACGAGUGGGACCGCAGUGGUGUGUAUGCUUGUUAAUUGAUUGAUUCCCAAUCUGACUGGAAGCCAUCGAAAGCGUUGUCGAAUCCUGGUUUGAGAUUGAUAAAAAAUCUCAAAAAGUUCUCUGGUCGACCAAGUAACAG